AUGUUUGAAUCUACAAGAAGUAUUAUUAUUUGGCUUGGUGAUUGUGCAAAGACAACUCCUCUUGGACUUGCUGGUGUUCAACCUUACUGCAAAUUAGGAAGACAUCUUAUUAAGACAUCUCUUCAAGUUUUGAGACUACAACGAGAAACGGAUAAGGUGAUGGUGAAAAGACAAAGAACAGCCUUUCCUCCUAACUUUGUCCACUCUCUUGAUGGGUCCCACAUGAUGAUGAUAGCCAAUGCUUGUAAAGAGGCUGGCUUAAGUUUUGCAGCCAUGAAAAACCCUAAUUCUACUCUCCUUAGAAGUAAAUGGAGUCCUAUUGCAAUACCCCAUAGAACUAUCCUUGAACCCCAAGGUCAAGAUCUUGAUUACAUCAACAUAGCUCACAAUCAUCUUCUUCACUCUGAUUGGGCUAAGCUAGAUAAAUUAUUAACCAAAUCUAAUUCAUUACGAGUGAAGCACAUUCUGUUAAAGCUUCAAAACGACUACGUCAUUUCCCUAAAAUUCUUCAAAUGGAUUGAGCUUCACAACCCUAGUUUACUCACCCUCGAAACAAAUUCCAUCAUCCUUGACAUCCUCACCAAGAAUCGUAAAUUUGUGUCAGCUGAAUCCUUUUUAAAAAAGAUCAUCGGUUCUUGUUCUUGUGAUGUAAACCACCAUUCUAAGCUCUUCGAUGUUGUUAUUCACUCUUAUCAAAUGUGCGAUUCCACACCUCGUGUGUUCGAUGCCCUUUUCAAAAUGUAUGCACAGAUGAAGUAG